GAACCGGAAGCUGCGAGCUGAGAAGCGCGGCGGGCGAGUCGUUGGCAGCUGGCAGCCCGCAGCCAUGGAGCACGCCGAGGAACCUCUGUCCGCGCGCCCUGCGCUGGAGACCGAGGGCCUAAGAUUCCUACACGUCACAGUGGGCUCCCUGCUGGCCAGCUACGGCUGGUACAUCCUCUUCAGCUGCAUCUUUCUCUACAUUGUCAUCCAGAAACUUGCAGUCCGACUGAGGGCGUUGAGGCAGAGGCAGCUGGACCAAGCUGAGGCUGUUCUGGAACCUGAUGUUGUUGUUAAGCGACAAGAGGCUCUAGCAGCUGCUCGUUUGAGAAUGCAGGAAGAUCUAAAUGCCCAAGUUGAAAAACAUAAGGAAAAGCUAAGACAGCUUGAAGAAGAGAAAAGGAGGCAGAAGAUUGAGAUGUGGGACAGCAUGCAGGAAGGCAGAAGUUACAGAAGAAACACAGGAAGGCCACAGGAAGAAGAUGGUCCCGGGCCUUCUACUUCAUCUGUCACCCCCAAAAGAAAAUCUGAUAAAAAGCCUUUGCGGGGAGGUGGUUAUAACCCUCUGACUGGUGAAGGGGGUGGAACCUGCUCCUGGAGACCUGGACGCAGGGGCCCAUCAUCUGGUGGAUGAAGCUAAGACUCUUGUUAGUGUCACUUGACAUUAGCAAGAUGAACCCUUAACCCUCAACUCAAUUGCCUUACGCACACUUUCACAGUGACUAGCCAAGGGAGAGGUGGGCUUAUUUACAUUCUUAACUAUCUGUAUUUUAAGGGCUUUGGUUAGUAUGAGAUAUAGACAUUGCCAUUAGGUCCACACUCUAUUUAGAGAUGAAACAGCCAUUAAUUUCAUGGCUUCUUGCUAGUUGGUAGGUGAAGGCCUCUUGCUGUUCAGCAGACUUUCUAAAGGAGGCCUAGUGAUGAUCUUUUGGGGUAGAAGUCCUUGCUGAUAGGACAGUCUCUGUGACAGGAUGCGUUGAAUGAUGUCUUCCUUAUAAAUGGUGAGCCCACCAGUGAGGAUUACUGAUGUAAACAGUUGAUGGGGUUUGCUUCUGUAUAUUUAUUUUUAUGUACAGAACUUUGUAAAAAAAGGAAAAAAUACUUGAAAAGUAACAUUUUUAGCAUCUUUAUUAAACUCAAGGAAAUUUCUUUGUGAGCUUGACUUUGUCUAUCAGGCAUUAAACAGCUUUUUGUCAUUCAGUUUCCAAUUAUUUUACUGAUUUUUUUUUCAUGGCUACAGCUGUAGCCAUGGCAGUAACAGAUAGUCUCAGUGACUUUAAGACGGACUCCUUGGGGUUUAGUUGCUACAUUAGUAGGAUAAAGAAAUAGCACAGCGUGCUAUGGUGGUAUGUGCCUAUAUCACCACACUGGAGCCUGAGGAUAACUGCAAAUUUGAGGCCAGGCUCAUCAAAGCUAUAUAGUGAGACUGCCUAAGGAAACCCAAGUACACUGUAAUAAACUGCUAAAA